AUGAGACCUUCGUUGUUUUCUGGAGGACCUGACCCACUCGUGGCUGCGAACUGGGUCCAUGAUAUGGAGGACAUACUGGCAGUUCUUUCAUGUACAGAUGAGCAGAAAGUUUUAUUUGCGACAUUUAAGUUGACGGGGGAGGCAAAACGCUGGUGGAGAUUAGCGAGAUUGAGUGCAAAGGCGGUGGAGUUUCUGCAUCUAACGCAGGGAUCGUUGAUAGUACAACAAUAUAUGGCGAGAAUUAUUGAGCUGUCUCAGUUUGCUCCGUUUUUGGUACCAGAUGAGGAGAGGAAGGUGAGGAAAUUCGAAGAGGGUCUGAGGCAGAGUCUGCUUGAGCGGGUUAUAGGCUUUCAGGCUCAGACGGUUGCAGAGGUAGUAGAUAGAGCUGCAGUGAUUGAGAGUGGCCUUCAGAGAGGCACCGCAGCACAGAGUCAGGGGAAGAGGCUCGCGCCUUCAGAUGUUUAG